CGCUCCCGCCGCCGCGAUGAACCACAUCGCCGCCCUCGCCGAUCGAUCUCCGACCCCGUGGCCGAGGAAGAGAUCCGGCGGCGCCGCCGCGGCCCCGCGAUCUCGCUCCCUCCUCCUCUGCACGGCCUCCCUCCUCGCCGUCCUCGCCUUCUUCUACUUCUCCUACGCCCGCGUCUCCACCUCGCUCCUCCGCGGCUCGCUCGAGGCGGAGGCGGAGGCGGCGGCGCCGCGUCCCUCGCGGUGCGAGCCCCGGGUCCGAGCCCUAGGGCAGCGGUUCCUGUCCUACGCGCCCCACAGCGGGUUCAGCAACCAGCUGUCCGAGUUCAAGAACGCGAUCGUGGCGGCCGCGGUCCUCAACCGGACGCUGGUGGUCCCGCCGGUGCUGGACCACCACGCCGUCGCCCUCGGGAGCUGCCCGAAGUUCCGGGUCCUGGACGGAGGGGAGAUCCGGCUCGCGGUCUGGGAGAGCGCGGUGGAGCUUCUGAGGACUGGGAGGUAUGUUUCUAUGGCUGACAUCAUCGACAUUUCAUCCUUAGUGUCUUCUUCAAUGAUCAGAACAAUUGAUUUCAGAGUUUUUGCAUCGAUAUGGUGUGGGGUGAACAUAGACUUGGCUUGCAACAAUGGGGCCACUGGCGAGUCGCCUUUGUUUGCUAGCUUAAAGCAAUGCGGGUCGUUUCUCUCUGGGUUUAAUGGUAAUGUAGAUGAGUGUUUAUAUUCUGUGGAUGAAGACUGUAGAAGCACGGUUUGGACAUACCAAAAUGGCAAUGACGGAGAGUUAGACUCCUUUCAACCCAAUGAACAGUUGAAGAGAAAAAAGAAGUUAACAUAUGUUAGGAGGCGCCGUGAUGUGUAUAAGGCACUUGGACCUGGUUCUCAAGCUGAUUCAGCUACUCUUCUGGCCUUUGGAAGCCUCUUCACGUCUGCAUAUAAGGGUUCGCAGCUUUACUUUGAUAUUCAUGAAGCUCCAAAGGAUCAGAGAAUACAGUCAAUAAUUGAGAAAAUUGAAUUUCUCCCCUUUGUCCCUCAAAUUCUCAGUGCUGGGAAGGAAUUUGCUCUGACAACCAUUAAGGCCCAUUUUGUUUGUGCGCAGCUGAGAUUGUUGGAUGGCCAAUUCAAGAACCACUGGAAAACUACUUUCCUUACCUUAAAAGAAAAGGUUGAGUCUUUGAGGCAGAAUGGACCUCUGCCUAUUCAUAUUUUUGUGAUGACUGAUCUUCCUGAAGGUAACUGGAGCAAGACUUACUUGGGAGAUUUGGCUGGAGAUGUUGACAAUUUUAAGCUUCAUUUUCUGCAAGAAGAAGAUGAGCUAGUGAUUCGAACAGCAAAGGAACUUGCGAAUGGGGGGCAUGGCCUGAGAGUUGGGUUUGUUCCAAAUAGUUUUGCACGAAUGGACAAACUCAAAAAGCAAUGCACUCCUCGCAAAUUAGCUGAUGUCCUUCUGUGCAUAGAGGAAGUGAUUUGCAGCUGUGCUUCUCUAGGUUUUGUUGGGACAGCUGGAUCGACUAUUGCUGAGAGCAUAGAGUCGAUGAGAAAACACGAUGUCUGUUCAAGUUAAUGCUUGUUUCAAGUCCUAACGAUUUAAUUGGAAAUUUUGCACUUCAUUGCUUGAUAUUAUGCGUUUACAUUUGGGAGCUGGUCAUGGGUUUUGUUAUUUGGUGGGACGGUUUCUUCACAUUGUGAUUUGGUAGCCUUUGGCUCUUUCUCUGAGGGAUAGUCUACAUGAUAUUCAUUUGCACCGUUCACAGCAAUGCACACAGCAUGCCCAGUUCAAGUUCUUGGUUCACUGGAUGUCAGUGUUGCAUGGUUAAAGAUAUUAUCCUUGCUGCAAGAUUUGGUCAUCAGAGGGAUCGAGUUCUUCAGGAAUCUAACUUCUUCCUCUAUGACAAGGAAAAGGGGUCCUCUCCAGUUUCUGUAAAUUAAAGGUCAUUGCAGUUAUUGUUUUGACUGGCCUGUUCAGGUUCUUUGUUGGUGAGUUGCAAGCAAUCACAGCUCAACGUAUGCGUUUUUCUCUUCUGUGGACUACUUCACUCUGGCAUUCAAUUUAUUCGUUGUAAUUACACACAUGCUCUUCCUUUUGUACUUGUGAUGAAUCUCGUUGUUUUCUGCCUUUCACCAACUUCUGCAUAUAUACAAUGUCAAGUACAAGAACUUCAUUAA